AGGGGUUUGUGUGCUCGAGGUGAGCGCAAUUAUAUUCCUGCAGUUUUCAACAGUUGACGCGUCAAGGAGGGUACACAUGAUACAGGAAAACAUUUUCUUUUGGGAUUAAUGUCGGCAAGCGGGACUCUUGACUGUCUGUAAUAGUCAUAUAGCCUACAUUGCGCAUAUUAUGAUGAAAUAUGUGUUAUCUCAAAGUUCGGCGUAACCUGCAUAAAUGCAGCAAACAAGAGGGCUGAUCACAUUCGUAAUAAUUUUAUCGGCUCUGGAUCAAUAUUCCAUAUUAGGAUCUUCUUAUUUCUCGCAAGCAUUCAUCUGAAGAAUUUGGUGGGUCUCAUAACGCCAAGUGACACAAAUCGUUGCGUUAUAAUCAGGGAUAUAUUGUGUAAAUCAAGCUUAUUGGUAUUACAGACAUACUUUCUGGAACACUAAAACUACUUCAGAGCUGCAGUGCUGUUUUGUGGAGCUCAUGGGUUUUCCGUGGCCAAGAAGAUACAAUUUGUACCAACGGAAUUAAGAUUUAAUUUCGGACCAAGUGUGACGGAUGAGCACGCUCCCGAGUCUCGUUUCGUGGAACUGGAUCGCAAAUAUUGCACAAAUUACAUCGUUCAGAUGAAUAAGAAUUAGGUGUAUAGCUUUGGCAUUUGCAAACAGAGGGGAGGCCAAUAAGGAAGAAGGUAGCGAAAACACGAAAAUGUGGCGAAAUGAUUCGAUUCCGUUUCUCUUAUGAAAAUAACUGUCUGCGAUGACAAUUAAAAGGUGGAAAUUGUCAGUUUGCUGAACAAAUCAACAGGUAGGCAACUAAACGUAUCGGAAUUAAAAGUCCGCACACCACAAGGGGAUGUAUCUUUCUGUUUUCUUUUUCCUCCUGUUGUGGGCACAAGCCCUGACGUUGAAAAACUUGAAUUACUCUGUUCCGGAGGAGCAGGGACCAGGGACUGUGAUUGGGAACAUUGCCAAAGAUGCCAGACUUGGACCAGGAGAGCGUGGCAAGAAAUCCAACUUCAGGGUGUUGGAAAAUUCAGCCCCGCAUCUCAUCGAUGUGGAUCCCGAAAGCGGACUGCUCUAUACUAAACAGCGGAUUGACAGGGAAACACUGUGUCGGCGGAACCCCAAGUGCCAGCUCUCAAUGGAAGUGUUCGCCAACGAUAAAGAGAUCUGCAUGAUUAAGUUGGAAAUACAGGACAUAAAUGACAAUUCGCCCACUUUUCCUUCUGAUCAAAUCGAUAUUGACAUUUCUGAGAAUGCAGCUCCUGGUACUCGCUUCCCUCUGGCUAGCGCACACGACCCAGAUGCAGGAGGAAAUGGCUUGAAAACAUAUCAGAUCACGCGAGAUGAUUACAAUAUAUUUUCUUUAGAUGUAAAAUCCAGAGGAGAUGGGACGAAGUUUCCCGAGUUAGUUGUUGAGAGACCCUUAGAUAGAGAGGACCGAAGCCGGCAUACGCUAAUAUUAACAGCAACAGAUGGAGGGGAAUAUCCACGAUCUGGUACGAUGCAAAUCAAUGUGCGGGUUACUGAUUCUAAUGACAACAGUCCACUGUUUGAACAGUCUUCAUAUGUUGUAGAGAUUCCUGAAAAUGCCCCUAUAGGAAAAGUACUGAUAGAUUUAAAUGCAACAGACUUAGAUGAAGGAAACAAUGGACAGGUUGUUUAUUCUUUUGGUGGUUAUGCUCCAGACAGGGUCCGAGAGUUAUUCUCUAUUGACCCCAGGACAGGUGUCAUAAAGAUUCAGGGAGAAAUUGACUAUGAGGAAAGCUCUGUUAUAGAGAUUGACAUACAGGCAAAAGAUAUGGGUCCUAACCCUAUCCCAGGCCAUUGCAAAGUCACUGUUAAAGUGGUGGACAGAAAUGAUAACUGGCCAUCUAUAGGUUUUGUUUCUGUUCGACAGGGGGCCAUUAGUGAAGCUGCUCCCCCAGGGACGGUCAUAGCACUGGUCAGAGUCACUGAUAAAGAUUCAGGGAGAAAUGGCCAACUCCAGUGCAGAGUACUCGGCAACGUGCCUUUUAAACUGGAGGAAAACUAUGACAAUUUUUACACAGUAGUAACUGACAGACCAUUAGAUAGGGAGAUGCAGGAUGAAUACAAUGUGACAAUAGUGGCCAAGGACAAUGGAAUUCCUCCUUUAAAUUCUUCAAAAUCUUUUACAGUGAAAAUUUUAGACGAAAAUGACAACGCGCCCCGGUUUCCGAAAGCGGUUUACCUCCUGCAGGUCCCUGAGAAUAACAUCCCAGGUGAAUAUCUUGGCUCAGUCCAAGCUCAUGAUCCAGAUCUGGGCCAAAACGGAACAGUGUCUUAUUCCAUUUUGCCGUCAGAUGUUGAUGACGUGUCUAUUUACACCUACGUGUCUGUCAACCCCACAAAUGGUGCCAUAUAUGCCCUGAGAUCAUUUAACUAUGAGCAGACUAAAUACUUUGAGUUUAAGGUUCUGGCGAAGGAUUCAGGAUCUCCGCAUCUGGACAGCAAUGCCACUAUCAGGGUCAGUGUGCUAGACGUCAAUGACAACACGCCGGUCAUCGUGUUGCCCCUUUUGCAAAACGACACAGCUGAAAUCCACGUGCCGAGGAACGUGGGCGUGGGGCACAUCGUCACCACGGUCAGAGCCGUGGACAAUGACUACGGAGAGAGCGGCCGUCUCACCUACGAGAUCUCGGACGGGAACGACGAGCACCUGUUCGAGAUGGACUCGGUCACUGGGGAGAUUAGGACUGCUCACCCCUCCUGGGAGGAGGUGGCCCCGGUCGUGGAGCUUAUCAUUAAGGUGACCGAUCACGGGAAGCCCACGCUCUCAGCCGCGGCUAAGCUGAUCGUCAAAGCUUACUCGGGACCCCUGCCGGAAGGGGAACCCAGAGUCACCGAGGAGCAGCGGCGCUGGGAUGUGUCCCUUCCCCUGAUUGUCACCCUCAGUGUUAUCUCCAUCAUGCUCCUCGCCGCCAUGGUUACCAUCGCCGUCAAAUGCAAGCGGGAGAACGAGAUCCGGACUUACAACUGCCGGAUCGCUGAGUACUCGCACCCGCAGAUAGGAAAGGGCAAAAAGAAGAAGAUCAACAAGAAUGACAUCAUGCUGGUGCAGAGCGAGGUGGAGGAGAGGGACGCCAUGAACGUCAUGAACGUGGUGAGCAGCCCCUCGCUUGCCACCUCCCCCAUGUAUUUCCAGUACCAGACACGCCUGCCACUCAGCUCCCCCAGGUCAGAGGUCAUGUACCUCAAACCCGCCUCCAACACCCUGACUGUUCCUCAAGGACAUGUCGGCUGUCACACCAGCUUCACGGGCCCUGUGACUAAUACCACCGAGACUCCGGUUAAUAGGAUGUCAAUAAUCCAGACAGACAAUUUCCCUGCAGAGUCCAAUUACAUGGGCAACAGGCAGCAGUUUGUUCAAAGCAACUCUACUUUCAAGGACCCUGAGCGAGCGAGUCUUAGAGACAGUGGCCACGGUGACAGCGACCAGGCCGACAGUGACCAGGACACUAAUAAAGGUUCCUGUUGCGAUAUGUCAGCCAAGGAGGCCCUUAAGUUGAAAGCGACUUCAGCUAAACCGCAGCCUCUUGAACAAGAACAAGAAGAGUGUGUUAAUUGCACAGAUGAGUGUCGAGUGCUAGGGCACUCUGACAGGUGCUGGAUGCCACAGUUUGCAGCGGGAAAUCAGGCAGAAGGCACAGACUAUCGCACCAACGUGUUUGUGCCGGCAGGAAUGGAGGCAGUGAUGGAGACCGAGGCUUAUGAGACGGUAAGCUCCAACGGCAAAAAGACAUUCUGCACCUUCGGGAAGGACAGACGGGACCACACCAUCCUGGUGGCCAAUGUCAAACCUUACCUGAAAGCCAAGCGUGCCCUGAGUCCCUUGCUGCAGGAGGUCCCCUCGCCAUCCUGCAGCCCCGCCAAAACGUGCAUGGCCUCGUGCACCCCCGGGAACGGGCCGACAGAGUGCUGCGAGGUCGACCCAGGAAGUAGCCAUUACGGGCAACCCGAUGGACAGUAUCUAUCGCCUAGUAAACAGCUGAGGGAGCCCCCCUACCUGAGCCCCGACCAUGAGCACUCCGGUGAGGUGGGCCCCGGCAUGCUGGAGCCAUUAGAGCACGGUGGCCGCCAUUUCCGCCCGGAGGGUGCAGAUGCUGAUCGCGUGGUCAGAGAUAUCGACAAGCUUUUACAGGACUGCAGAGGAAGUGAAGCCACACCUGUCAGGAAGUAAAUAUAGAUAUAUACAUACACACACACACACGCACACACACACACACCUGUGCCAGGUAUCAAAAACCUAACAAAAAAGGACAAAGCUUUGUUUUGGACUUGGGGGGCGUUAUCAAAAAUGUCAAAGCCUGCCUUCUGAUGUUGGUAUCCUUGACAGAACUGUAAAAAAAAAAUAAAAAAAAAUGCUGCCUCUGGCUUCUUGUAAGCAUCAAGUGCCCACCAGCUCAACUGUCUCACUACGCUCUGUUCUUCACCUAGGCCCCCCAUUAAUGUGGAGGGUGUGGGAACAGCAAUGAAUAUGAAAGGAACGGUGAUUCAUUAUGACAAUCGGAGUACUAAUGCAAGCGGUGGCAUUCCCGGCCUAUUAUGUCUGACUGAAAGAAGAUAGACAUAUACCUUCUUUUUUUUUCUUUCUAAUUUUGCGAUAUAGAUGUUUGAAGUGCAACAAAAAAAAAGAGUUAACUAAAAAAGAUGUUUUCUUAGUUAAUCUGGGGGAGAAGGAGGAGGAAGAGGACAAGGUAAAGAUGUGAAAUGUGAAACGUAAUUGUUCUUCACCUGCCAUUCAUAGUUAUGUGUGAAAACUGUUGUUCCCUUCUAUUUAUCUAAUGCAUAAAACAUUCCAGUUGGGUGAAGCAGUCAAACACAGCUUUUUCAUUGUGUAAGUCUCAUUCUUCAUCUUCUCCCCAUCUCGUAGUGAUAUCCACUUGUUCAACCAUAUCCAAUGGCAAUCACAAUCCUGUAUGUUAGGGACAUUUCUCAUCUACUAUGAACAUAUAUAUGUAAAUAUAAAAUGUUCAGGUAUGAACAAAAUUAUUUAUACAUUUUGUAAAAAAAAAAAAAUUAUAUAUAUAAACUGAAAACGGUAUUCAAAUGCUGAAGUGCAGUUAGUAGUGAAAUAGUUAAUUUAUAAACUGCUCCAAAAUUAAAUGAAAAAAGAAAUGUCCCUUUGCAUUAUCACUAAACACUCCAUUCAAUGUGCAAGUGUAUUGACUUUAAUGUGUUUACAUCAAAUUACAUAUUUGUAUUGACUUACUGCAAUUUCUGUGCAUAUGAGCCAAAUUGUUAAGUGUACAAAAGCUAUAUUGUGUAUUUUAUCAAAUUACUAUAUAGUUGUGUUGCAAUAUACAUGGGCAUAUAUUGUAUUUGGCAACUGUUGCCUUAGUCGCUGUCAAACUCUAUGAGUUUAUUUUUUUUUUCCCUUCUGCCCCUCAUCCUGCGGGAUUGGGUAGCAAUGCUUCAGAGCAGAGUCUCGCUUAAUGUUUGGUCAAAACGACUUCAGGCCUCUAUUCAGUUUGACCACAAUUCACAAUUGUCCUUUAUUCUUGGGGUCACAAAUUUAAGCAAGUGUAACAUUUUUGUUGUUGUUGUUUGUUGUAUUUUUUAUUUAUUUUUUGUACACUACCUUUUUGAUUUCAGCCACUUGCGAUGUGUGUACUAUAUAUCAAGAAAAGUAAUGUUAGAACUUCCUUGAAUGUGUUGCUCAUACUUUAAGGACAAUGUGCGUUGCCUUAGAUUGAAUAGUAGCCUUUUGAUAUAUAAACUGUUCAAAGCUUAAUGAGCCAGUUAAUGAAAAAGCAACAACCAUGUGUGAUCAUAGGAGUACAUUUACAAAGCUGAUGUAUUGUUCCAAGGCAGCUAAAUUUGUAAUCAAUUUAUUUUUAAAGAAAAAAAAAGGACCUGGCAUUUAUACAACACAGCUGUUUCCCUGUUAAACAUGCAACUGCCUUACUUGCGCUGAAGUAAAAUAUUAUUGUGAUGUAGUGCUCUUGACAAAUGUGAAGCAAUGAGAGGCUAACAGGGGAAUGUGUUUAUUGUAAAUAAGGACCAAAAAGGUUCUUUUGAGCAGUUUAUGUAUUUUCUGUAUGUACUGCAUUGUUGUGUUCAUCAGAAUAGCCCUUCACUUAAAGAUGUAUCUUAAAUUAAAAUUCCAUUUUUUUUGUAUAUUUUCUGUCAGGCACAGAUGUAGCAGAAGAAUCAGAAUUUCAGCUGUAUUCCGUUUACAUACUUUGAUAACCCGGUGAGCUCAAGUUAGCCUUCUCUAAGUGUAAUAUUAAUUAUGUUUUGUGUUGUUUUUGUUUCCUUUGCAUCAGGAAAAACAGUGACACAACAGCCACAUGUGUGGAGAUCCGUGUAAGGGAACAUGAUUUUAUAUUGGUUAGCAUCCAUUAAUUAAAUUUGAACAAGAUGAUGCUGCGCCAUCCUGCAUCAUUUGAGAUCUGGCUUCAUCUUGUCCAUCUCAUACAGUAAGGGAACAUGACAAGGCUGGGAGAUCUAAAAUAAAUGAGACCUCUAUUCCGUGCUUAUUUGGCUUGAAGUAGAGGAGUCAAAGAUAGAUCUUAAACAAUGGAGAUAAGGAUACUGAGAGCAUGAAGAUGUGCCACAUUUUAUCUCCAUUUUGCUAACCUUUUCCCCUUUUCCUGAAUUUUUUGGUGAAACAGAUUUAUCAGUACACUGCCAGAGAUAGGCUUUGGUAAAAUCCUGCUUUUGUGUAUAUUUCUAAUUGAGAUUUACAUAAAUCUAUGGCUGACAUAUCUGACAUGCUUGACAUGUUCCUAAGAAUGGUGCAACAACAACAACAACAAAUCAAGAAACUGAAUACAGUGCUUUUUUUUAAAUCUCCAGCUACUCAAAGGCCACCUGAAUCCAACAAUUACUUAUUUUCCCAUCGUUGGCCAACCAUUACACAGCAAGAACACUAUUUAAAAAACACACUGUCUCAAAACACAAAUAGUAUGAUAGCACCAUAGCGGCAACCAAUCUCAGAGAUUAAUAAUUUUCUCUAGCUUUCGACUUGUUUGUGUGUGUUUGUGUGCAUUUGUGUGUGUAUUAUGUAUGUAUGUGAGUGUAUGUAUGUAUGUAUGUAUGUGUGUGUGUGUGUUUGUGAAUUCUAAAAACAUGCUAAAUUGACUUCCCUGAAACUUUGAGCUUUUUUCUUUACUUUUUUUUUUGGUACAAUUCAUUGUUGGCUAUGGUCCUGUAUUAAAAUGUCUUUCCUUGAAUUACUUUACAACAUAAAAGUACAAGUUUAAAUUUAUUUUCUGAGACUGCAUUCAUUAUCUUUGAAUUGCAUUACCUUAAUAUUAGGAAGACUUAACUGGGAAGACUUCAUUUAACUAAUAGGUUAAAAUGGGAGUUUGGUGUGCUGAUUUGAAAUUAAGUUUUAUUUGAGGUCCUGAGUCUAUCAGCCCCCAAUGGUUAAUAGGACUGCUACCAGGGAUUCUGCCCCCAUCACCCCAUUAAACAUCCAUGCUAAGCUGGGCAAGUGCUAAAAAGAAAAGACAUUGUAUGGAUUAUCUCAAUUGCUAAUGUCUAAUGGCUGUGUUCAAUGUGAUCUAUCUGGAAAAAAAAUGAAGACUAUGAAUUAAAAAAAAUGACCAGUA